CCUCUCUUAGUGCUGGUAGCCUACUAGAUUUAAACAGCUGUCUAAGAGCAGAGGCAGGAUUCAAGGUUUGUAGUUUGGUUGGUGUUCCUGGCUGUACAGGCAUUUCCAUAAAGGUCCUACUUCUCAUCGGACCUGCUGCUAAAGGUAGACUCCAGGACCUAAAUGCUUCCGGACAGGAAGAUGUAUGCUUUAUUGACCAGACCUCAGAAUAUGAGUGGGUUCAAGCCACUGCCUGUUGUGAUCAUAGGGAAUGGACCUUCAGGAAUCUGUCUUUCAUAUUUGCUGUCAGGCAACAUCCCUUACUUCAAAAGAGGCUCUCUUCAUCCUCAUCCCAUUCUUCAGAGGAAACUGGAAGAGGCACCAGAUGUCUCCAUUUUGGACCAGGAUUUGGAGUAUCUGUCUGAAGGCUUGGAGGGACGAUCCCACAGCCCUGUGGCUCUUCUGUUUGAUACUCUUCAGCGUCCAGACACAGACUUUGGUGGAACAGCAGAAUCUGUCCUCACUUGGUGGCACGAGACCAACAGAGCCAUCCCUCACCUGGUCCUUGGCAGAAAUGCUCCUGGAGGUGCCUGGCAUUCUAUUGAGGGCUCUAUGGUUACCCUGAGUAGAGGGGAAUGGAUGGGACUCCCAGAUCUCCCAUUCAAAGACUGGCUAAAGCAAAAGAGAAGAGGCCUCAGAAACAAUAGAGCCACAGCAGAAGACAUUGCUCAAUAUUACCAACACUAUGUGAUGAAGAAAGGACUGCAGAAGAAUUUCAGAUGUGGUACUGUUGUGACCUCUGUGAGCAAAGUGAGUGCAGAGAGCACCUCCAGCCACACACAGAAAGAUCUGCCAGAGAAUAGUGACUCACUCUGGAACUUCAAUGAGAAAAGUGCAGAGGUCUUUCAGGUGGAUGGAUUUUUCAAAACUGUGAAAGGUGAUAAAGAGCCCUUCUCCAUCUAUGCAGAGAAUGUGGUCUUAGCUACAGGAACAUACGAUAGUCCUACUUGGCUUGGGGUCAAGGGAGAGAACCUUUCUUAUGUCCAUCACCAGCUGUCUGCCCUAGAGGAAGCAGUGAAGAACAACAGCAUUGGCAUUAUGUCAGAUCCGGUCUUGAUUGUAGGUGCUGGCCUGACAGCUGCUGAUGCGAUUCUCUUUGCUCACCAUUGCAAUAUUCCAGUAAUCCAUGUUUUUCGGAGACGAGUCAGUGAUCCGGGUCUUAUUUUUAACCAGCUCCCCAAAAUGAUGUACCCUGAAUACCACAAAGUCCAUCAGAUGAUGAAAGAACAGUCAGCUGCUUGUGCUGGGCCCUAUGAGUGUUACGUUAGCCUUCCUGAACAUCAUGUGCUAUCCUUUGGCAAGGACAAGAAAUGUAUCUUUCAAGACAAGAAUGGCUACCAGAAAGUUUAUAAAAUUUCCAUGGCUCUUGUUCUAACUGGCUCAAACCCCAACCUCUCCUUUCUGCCAAAUAAUGCCAUUGACUUGGCAAUGGACAGCGACCAACCAGUCAAUCCAAAGAGGAAUCCCAUAGAUGUUGACCCAUUCACCUAUGAAUGCACUCAGGAGAAAGGGCUUUAUGCUCUAGGACCUCUAGCUGGAGAUAACUUUGUACGCUUUGUACAGGGAGGGGCUCUGGCUGUUGCCAGCUCUCUGUUAAAGAAAGCAAACAAAAAUCCCCCCUAACAAAAAAAAUCCCUAUGCUAACUGUGUCUGAAUGGGCUACUGCUGUUUUCUUAGAGGAGCAGGUCAUCUGAUUUGUACAUCCUCAAAUGUAAAGCCCACUCCUGGUAUUCUCCAAGGUUAUGCAGAGAGUAACUAAGUCCUUGCUGAGUUAUUUGAGAAGAUUAAGUCACCAAAUACAGAGUGGGUUUCGCACAUGGCAGUGCCUUCAAUCCCUGGGGAUUCAGCUCCUUUCCUGCAUAGCUGUGCAUGAAGGCCGCAGGGGCUUUGAAUCUUGUGCCUGGAAAAGUAGGGGCCAAGAUAGUGAUUACUCUUUUUUAUGUAACAUCUUCGAGGUUGCUGAAAACUGAAUUGGGGAACAAUCAAUGUUUAUUAUUUCCAGACAGCAGGCAGACAGCCCUGUGUCUGUCAGUGUUUCACAGUGUUUUUUCGUGGAACAAAGUAAGCCAAUGUGGUUUUAUUUGCUCCUGUGGCUUGGCUGUAUGCUCUUAUUAGGGCAGAAAUCACUGAAAGAUGCUGCAAGUACCUCUCUGGCACAUGAAGUAGUACUCUGCAAAUAAAAACUGACAUAGAAACAGUCAAAACUGUAUUGUUUCACUGACACCAGCAGCAAGUAAUAUGUAAUAUCUUUUUAAUCAAGAGAUUCCUGUGAUUUUUUUUUUCUCCUUCUUGAGAAGGAAUGGUACUAAUUUACAACCACUUGGUUUGCCAUCUUGCAGCUUUCUACUUUCUAAAUCCUAAAACUGUGAUAGCCAAAUUCUUGGCAGCUGCUGUAGAGACAGCAGAACUAAAGGGGAGCUACUGGUCUGUCUUGUAACUGCCCAGGUACUGUAUGGGGCUUCUGCUGCACAAGAGUAUUUCAGAAAGAUGCAAUAUGUUAUAUGUUGUGUGAAUUUCUAAUGUAAUGUGAUUUUUUUUUUUUUUUUUUUUUAGAGUACUAUUUGUGUAAAGGGGAAAUUGGCACGGUCACUUUUUGAUAGUUGUAUGCUAUAUAGAGUAUUUUUUCAUACUGUUUUCUAAAAGAUUUUUAUUGGCAAAAUAUUUUGUUACAGGCUUUCAGUCAGUGUUUUGAAUGAGCUGGGGUGGGUGGGAAUGAUGCCUUAUGUUGCAAAUAGCAUUCUCAACAGACCUACAAGGCCUUUCAUACCUCUCACAGGAAAAAUCAGUCAUAGCUAAUCUUAUCUGAUGUAAAGACAGACUGCACUGAAACUCACUGACAUGACAGGAUGCUGCACAUGUCUCUGGAAAGCUGAGUAUGUGGAGACAGUGGCUGUUUGUAAACGAAUCAGUCUCAAGUUGAGAUGUGUAAGGAGCUUGUUUGUGGUGUUGCUGUAUCACGCUUGAAUAUUUUUGCCACUGACUAUUCUUGUAUUAAAUUUUUCAAUAAAGUGAUUUCAGACUUA